GAAGAACACGAUUAGUGAAUAAGGGAUGCCGAUAGAUCAAAGUGAUUGAUCGUCCCCGAUCAAUCAAUGCGAAUACGGGUAAAACGAGUUCAAUAUCCGAACCGAGUUCAGCCGGUUGUUAACAAUACGAUAUGAGUUUUCGCAAGACCAACGACGUAUCUAUCAGCUUGACGUCCAUUUUUAUGAAACUUGUGGGACUGUGGAUAGCGGCCAACAAGUCCGAGCAACGCGUUAGAAACAUUACGGUGGGUUACACGAUGAUAGCGAUCAUCUUCGGUACGUGGAUACAGAUUACCGAUAUGUGUUACUCUUGGGGCGAUUUUAGUACCUGUAUUUACAUCACAUGCAAUCUCUUAUCGUUAUCGAUGGCAUUUCUCAAGAUACUCGUUCUGCUCGCUCACAAGGAAGAUUUUUUCCGUUUAAUUUUGUACUUGCAAGAGAGGUUUUUGUAUGCGGAUUACAACGACUAUGAGAAAAGAAUUAUAAUCGGCUGUAAACGAAAGUGUAUCUUCUUCGUUUCAUUCUUGACCAUUUCCAUCAUGGCGACUCUUGGUGCUUACGUUCUUAAACCAAUUAUCGCAAAUAUUUCAAGAAAUGCAUCAGACAGGAUACUUCCAUUCAACAUGUGGGUUGACUUACCACUGACUGUAACACCAUACUACGAAAUAACGUUUGUCCUACAGGUUUUGUCCUUGUAUCAUAUCGGGAUAACUUAUUUUUGCUUCGACAAUUUCUUAUGCAUUUUAAAUCUACACGUGGCUGCUCAGUUUCGAAUAUUGCAAUACAGAAUUUCCAAUAUAACGGAUUUAAUGAAUAGAGAGACGCUAGAAAUAAAUCAGACAUUCAAAGCGAGUUCAUCGUGCUUCGCAAACAAAUAUUACGAAACAUUUAAAAAGUGUAUCCGGCAACAUCAAGCGCUUAUAGCAUAUUGCAAGAAACUGGAAGAAGUAUUCAAUUUGAUCGUUCUCGUACAAAUACUGGUUUUUAGUAUGAUGAUUUGUCUCCACGGAUACCAAAUAUUGAUAGCAAAAACAUCGAAUAUAGUACGCACGAUCUUCAUCUGUCAUAUAUCAGGGUGUCUAUGCCAAUUACUAAUGUUCACCUACAGCUGCGACUGCAUCAUACGAGAAAGCUUAAACAUAGCCAUCGCUGUGUAUAGAGGACCUUGGCCAUUUUUGCCAUCGACCACAAGCGGAAGGAUGAUGCGGAAGGAUUUGACUAUCGUUAUCAUGAGAUCCAGCAUACCUUGUUACCUAACAGGCAGAGGUUUUUUCAUCGUGUCCCUAGAAACAUAUACAAGCGUUUUAAGUACCGCGGCAUCGUACUUUACGUUGCUAAAACAGAGUGUAGAAACAAUUUCGUAAUAUAUGUUAAUCGUAAACAAUGUAUCUUGUACAUAAAGUAAUUGGUUGCUGUACAUUAAAAAUGAGUUUUCAAUGAAUAAAUAAAUUUAGU